AUGGAUAUGCAAUCUGUCACUACUUCUAAUAAGCCACUCGUCAAUGGAAAUAUAGGUGAAAUGUUAUCGGGUUUAACUGGUACUGGAUCAACACAAACAACUCAUACAAACCCAGAGUCAUCCAACCAUCCAUCCAAUGGGUCACCAAUGAUGAAUCAAUUGAAUCCAUCUGCGAUCAACUCGCCUCAGACUAACCAAAUGAUUCAAACUAAUCAACCACUGGGAGUGUCUGUUUCAUCCUCAGCCAUGACUACUUCAUCUAUGUCUUCAAUGAAUAAUCAAAUAAAGUCUAACAAUGGUUCGCCUGCAGCUAAUAUACAGUCACAGACAUAUCCAACUAACAAUAAUAAUAUGCCUCUUAUGAUGCCUACACCAACUUCUACAUCUAUAGCCGAUAAACCUAAUAUGCAAUCACAGGCUAUACCACCGCCGCCAACAAUGAGCGUAGGAUAUCAAACUAUGCAACAAAUGCAAGCAAUUAAUAAUAGGUUAACUGGUAUGAGUUCCCGGGGAACAACACAAUAUAUCAAUGAUAAUAGUAACAAUUCAGGAUCACCAUCAAUGACUAAUAAUGACGCAAAUGUUAUGAAUACAAAUCAAGGAAAUUAUAAUAUGGGUAUGAAUUCUGGUGUGGGUAUAAACAAUGGUAAUGGCGUGAGCAAUGGUAAUGGCAUGAAUUCAGGUGCAAAUAUGUACUCUGGUGUUAAUGGUGUCGGAGGACAGACAACUGGAUCCAAUAAUGGUGGUGUACUGAUGAAUACAGCACAUCAACAACCAAACAGAGGGAGUGUGAGUAACACUGGUAUGGGUAUUGGUAAUGGACAACAAUACCAAACAUCAACAGGAGCGGGAGUUAAUGUGCAGAUCGGUACAGGAACAGGGAUGGGACUGCACAAUAGUGGUAUGUCUAACGGGGUUACAGACGGUAAUACUAUAAAUAAUGGAGGAGGAAUGCCAACAAAUAUGCCAGUGUCGUCAAGUGGUGGGGUUGAUAGUUAUAAUAAUAAUAGACGACAAGUUAAUAGUAUGGGUUCAGCACAAGGAAAUGGCGGUUCAAUGCAGAAUAUGAAUUAUAACAAUAAUAAUAAUAAUAUCAAUAAUAAUAACUACAACAGUCCUGUUAUGAGACAAUCCGACAAUAGGAUGCAACCGAUGAUGGGCUCUAAUAUGGGUAGAGAUUAUUCUCGGGAUGGAUCUGAGGACAUGGAUAUGAGCAACAAUAUGGGAAAUUAUGGGAUUAGGAUGACUAAUAUGCUGCCAAUGGAUAAUGAUGUUGGAAUGGAUAUGAUUUAUAUACCGGACAGUUCAGACACUAAAACAGAUAAACAAAUUGUAAAACCUAAUAAACCUCUGUCGACAUACAGGUCCUACAAAUAUUAA